AUGCUUGGGACUUCAAAGUCUAAAAGAGUUUUCAUUUUGUACUGCAAAUGUGGAAGAGUUUAGUGUAACAUGGUGCACGCCUGUAUAAAAAACCUCUGGAGCAUGCAUCCACCCACAGGAAACUUCCCGUGCCGUCACAUCAGCUCUGUUUGCCAACAGAAUCCAGCUUUCCUAACCUUCUGUUUUGUGAGGAUUGACUGUCACUGCUGGUUUUCAGUAUUUGGCUCUUCUGCUAUGAUCUCUGCACAGCAGCCACCAUUUCCCAACAAAAUUCAAAGAGCAAUGGACUGCCAAUCUGAGGAAGAAGAAACCUGUGAAGAGCAGUGUGACUCUGAAAACUGCACUUGCAGCUCCAAGCAUGCAGAAUCUGACACAGGCUCACCAGUAACUCUCAAAAUACUGCAGAACUGGGUUCCUAGAGUUUCGCACUACUUCGAUAAAGAGCACUAUACAUACGUUGGCCACCGGAUCAUCAUUCAGGAGUCCAUAGAACACUUUGGAGCCGUGGUAUGGCCGGGGGCACUGGCUUUAUCUCAAUAUCUGGAAUCAAAUCAAGAACAAUUCAACCUCAAAGACAAAAAAGUUUUGGAAAUUGGUGCUGGAACAGGCUUGCUUUCCAUUGUGGCCUGUAUCUUAGGAGCUCAUGUUACAGCUACCGAUUUGCCUGAAGUUCUUGAAAAUCUCUCAUAUAAUAUUUCAAGAAAUACACAAAACAUGAAUAUGCACAAACCUGAAGUGAGAAAACUGGUAUGGGGAGAAGGCCUCAACGAAGAUUUUCCUGUAUCAACUUACCAUUAUGAUUUCAUACUGGCAACUGAUGUUGUGUACCAUCAUGCAGCUCUGGAUCCCCUGCUAGCAACAAUGGUGUAUUUUUGUAAGCCAGGAACAGUAUUACUAUGGGCCAAUAAAUUCAGAUUUACUACAGACUAUGAAUUUUUGGAAAAACUUUCCAAUAUAUUUAACACAACUAUUCUAGCAGAAUUUCCAGAAUCCAAUGUCAAGUUGCUUAAAGCCACAGUAAGAGAAAAUUAA